GUCAACUUUGUGUUAUGAAGUUAUCAAGGACGAAGUGACCUGACUAAUCUUAACUUGUAAUAAAGGCUUGUUUGUCCUGAUAUAUUAUACCUACUUGUAAACUUAAAAUAUAUGCUUGGGACUAACUGAUAAGAGGACAUUGUAAGAAAAUGUGGGAAGAUGCAUGAACAAAAUUGAAACAAAAUAAAGGAAGUGAUUUCGUAUUACUACGCAGACUGACCACAACAGACACAACAAUCCUUGAAUGACAUCAAUAUGGAAACGGGAGUGAAGGAACCGUUGGAGCUUACAACCAAGGAGCCGAUUACUCCACCGAUUUUAACAUCACUCACUAAUAAAGUGAAAUCUAAUUCCACUGAUGCUAUUCAAAAUAAGAAAGCCAAUGAAGUAUCAACAAUGUCAGAUGAUAUUGAUAACAUAAACAUAGAAGAUGGUGUACUUAAAGCUGACAGUGUAAACGCAACUGAUGUUGCAGAUAGAAUGGCAAAAUCGAAAGGUGAUGUUACAACAGAGAGUACUAUUUCUACAGAUGUUAAAUCUGAUGGUGUUAAAGCAAUAAUGAUCCACACUCGUAGCCCAAUUAAAGAGGAACCGGGAAGUAUAUUAGAGACAAAAUCUCCAGGUGUAAGGGAUGUUGACGGGGUAGUUACCACAGCAACAACCCAACCGGAAACACCAUCCCCAGUCACCACAAUUCAAGCAUUAGAACCUACAAUUAAACUAAUAAGACCUUCGAUGAAUUCUACAAAUGUUGAACAGUUAACGGUGCAACCACUAAAUCGUGAACAUUCCAAAACUGAACCAAAGACUAUUGUGCCGUCGACAACAGAAAAAUUAACUACAGAAUCUACCAUUGAACAAACAACGCCUACAGUUGAACCGACGACAGUGUCAACUGCAAUUGAGAAAACUACAGCAUCUUCAACAAUUGAAUUAACAACAGCGCCUGCGACAAUUGAGCAGACAACACCUACAACCAUUGAACCGUCGACAAAGCCUUCAACCAUUGAGCCGACGUCAGAGCCCUCAACCAUUGAACCAACGACAAAGCCUUCAACCAUUGACCCGACGACAAAGCCUUCAACCAUUGAACCCACGACAAAGACUUCAAUCGUUGUGCCGACGACAAAGCCUUCAACAAUUGAACCGACAACAACAGUUAUAUCAACUGAAUCAAAGGUAACGCCGACAGUCAUUAAACUGACGACGACGUCAGAAGCAACUAAGCCAGUCACAAGUAAAGCUACACCAAAGCCAAUAAAGCCCAGUACUACAGAAAAGUUAAUUCCAGAGAAAUCCACAACAUCAUACAUAGAGACGACUCAUCUCACAACUGUGGAACCACCCUUUAAUCUUGGGAAAGCAAUAGGCGAUGGCUUCCAGAAGAAAGAUCCUCUAGUCAUAGGAAUCACCGCAGGGGCAGGUGUAUUGGUACUGGUCAUCCUGAUACUCGUUAUAGUCUGUAUAUGCAGAUGCAGGCGAAGACGUCGAGGUCAACCAAAGCUACGACAAACCAAUCGCCACGACAUAGCACGUGGCAGCAUUGACGAUAUUUUCCGCGAUAAGGGAUACACAAGACUUGCCCAUAAAGAAAACAACGCCAACGGCAACCAAUCAAACACAAUCGAAAUGUCUCCUCUCUUGAGAAAUAGGAGUGUAAUGAAUAGAAGUGUUAUGAAUAGAGACGCUCUGAAAGCGACGGGACAAACAUUUCUUGGUAACGACAGUACCAGUCCUGAUUUACAUAACCAUUCUGGAGAUGAUCCAACUUCACCACUUACUACACCGAAUGAUAUAGAAUCACCGUCUGACUUGUCUACAAAACCAGAUAUCCUCGAUCCUAAUAUAUACGAAGUAGAUUUAUCAACGGAGGACCUUAAUUUAGAAAGUGCUAAUCAUGUUCCAACGAGAAAUGGUGAUAUUGAGAACAGUCCAUUUAUAGUUGUUAAUGAGAAUAAUCCAUUUAAUGCUAACAAUAAUAAACCAAGGUCUUAUAUUAGAGAUUCCAAUCCGGUUGGAGAAGAUGAAGAUAGUAAUCCAUUCGAUAAUGCACCAAGGCCAAAUCCUUUCCGUACAUCAAGAACUGUGAGUGAUUACCAAUAUGAAUAAGCGAAAUGCUGGCAUCAUCUAUUAAAGUUGACCGUCAGCUCCACCACGUAUGGAAUAAAUUAAAGUGGGCCAACUUUGGAUUAAUUGCAAAUAUUUAUGGAUUAAUAAGUGUAGUAAAUGCAAAUAUUCUUUAGCACUCUAAUUGGCAGACUAAAUUGAUAAGAUUGGCCUCAAAUAUAUAAGCCCAAAGUAUUAACCAGUGCGCAACAGCAAGUAUUAAGAAUAAAUCUAACUAAAUAUAAGUGUAUGUGGUAUUUUAGAGAUCUUUUUUAAGUCCCUGAAUAGAGUAACACAAUGUUAAAAAGAAGAUUAACAUCAUAAGAAUCGACGUCUUUAGCGAAUUGUCAUUGUAAAAGAUAAAAGUUUGUUUGUUUGUU